AUGUGCACGCCGGCAUGGCCUGGGGUGUCUCCGCUCUGCGCGUCUUCGCCUUCGAUGCCUUCUGCGUCUUCUUCGGCGCCGCCCUGCCUCGCGGCCGCCGUCGCAGCUGCCGCGGCGGCGAAUCAAAACGCGGCGGCCGCUGCGGUCGCGGCUGCGGCAACGGGCGGCAUCACGGGGACGACCAUCGGACCCUAUCGUCUCGGUUCCACCCUCGGAGUGGGAACCUUUGGCAAAGUCAAAUUGGGUUACCACAAUGUGACGGGUCAGAAGGUGGCGGUGAAGAUUAUCAACAAGGCGAAGAUGGAGAUGAUGGAGAUGUACGAGAAAAUUCGGAGAGAAAUCAACAUCUUGCAGUGCCUUCAUCAUCCACAUGUGAUUCGCCUCUACGAGCUCAUCGAUACUCCCACAGACAUCUUCAUGGUCAUGGAGUAUGUCCAGGGUGGCGAACUCUUCGACCAUAUCGUUCAAAAGUCGCGUCUCCCCGAACAUGAAGCGAGGAGAUUUUUCCAGCAAAUUGUCUCCGGUGUCGAUUACUGCCACCGGCAUAUGAUUUGUCACCGUGACUUGAAACCGGAGAACGUGUUGCUGGACACAAACAUGAACGUGAAGGUGGGGGACUUCGGCUUGUCAAAUUUCAUGCGAGAUGGAGACUUUUUGAAAACCUCUUGUGGGUCUCCGAACUACGCGUCGCCUGAAGUUGUCUCGGGGAAGGCGUACGCAGGUCCCGAAGUCGAUGUCUGGUCUUGCGGAGUAAUUCUCUACGCCCUCCUGUGCGGGUCGCUCCCCUUCGACGACGAGCAUGUGCCGAACCUGUUCAAAAAAAUCAAACAUGGAAACUUCAUCUUGCCUGGGCACCUCUCCGAGGCGAGUCGGAACUUGAUUGUGCGCAUGCUCGUGGUGGAUCCUGCGAAGCGAAUUUCCCUCAGCGAGAUUCGACAGCAUCCGUGGUUCACAGAGAGCCUCCCCGCCUACUUGCAGAGCUGCUACUUAGGCAGUCCUCUCCUCACACGCGUCGACCCUCUCAUCGUCUUGCAGAUGAAGAAGCUCGGAUACGAUGUGGAUGAAAAAAAUCUAAACACCUUCACAGCGGUUGGAACUUUUCCGACUCGAGAGACAGUCGCCUACCAACUUCUUGCAGAUCGCAGAGCAAAGCAGUCUUCCUUCUCAAAUAUGGUGGAAGUCUUCUGCAAAGAUUCUCCACAUGUCUUCGCCCCCGAGUACCAGCAGCUCGCUGCCUCCUUGUCCUCCUCUGAUCCAGCACCCGUCUUUCCUCAGUCAGGCUCCCCUGGAGCUCCUUUUUCUUCGGGCAGUGCAAUGUUUCCUUCUCAAGGUUUUUUUGCCCCAUCGACACAGUCGAGCACAGGCACGAUGGCAACGGGGGCCUCCUCCCCGAGUCAGUCUCCAGGCCAUCCGAUGGGAAGUUUAAACAUGAAUCUCCACGAUUACUUCUCUCCCGGGCCUCUCGGCUGCCUGGCCUCCGGUGUAUCUACACUGCGCUGGAGGCUGGGUGUCGAAGCGGCCUUCGACGCCCCCAUCUUGAUCACUGCAAUUCUGAACACUCUGAAGGCCUGCGACUACGAAUGGUUGAUGCUGUCUCCGUACAAAGUUCGCUGUCGCCCCGUCAAGCACUCGGUCGGGAGUUCGGGUGUCUCUCCGUGGCGUUCGCGUUCGUCUUCUGUCUCUUCGAGUCUCCGCUCCGAGGACAAAGACGGCUGUCGCAAACGCGAAGAAGAGAUGAUACAUGCAGCGCCGUCUCCGGCUGCCCUUGUAGAAGGAGUGAUCCUCACCAUCAACCUCUACAAACUCUCCCCAGGCCUCUACAUCGUCGACGUUCAGCUCUUCGAUGGAGCGACAAUGCCGAGUAUGUCUGAGGGCCUUUGGAUUAUCUCGGCGAUCUACUCGGCGUUGUCUCAGCUGCAGCAGCAACACCAGAAACACACCAAGUCUCCGUCCUCUGGGGCAGCUGAAGGGCGGCCGUCGUCUACGGCUCCGGCGCCUUCGUCUCCGCCUUAUCCGACUUCUCCCUCUCCACUACCCUCUGCUGGCACUUCAUCUGGUCCACCUCACGGGUCCCCGAAGGAUCCCUCCCGCAGUCCGGGUCGUUCGGAAAACGAGAGAAGCUCCAGAGCCGACAGACAGCACGCUGUUUCCGAUGACACGCAACAGUGGCGGAGGUGCGAAGACACGCGACGCGGCAGAAAGCCUCAUUCCUCGUCAGGUGCCUUGGCACCGUCGCCGCCGCCGAGACCCAUUGUUGUGAACGCGUCGGAAGGAAUAGAUACCGGGGGGCUGUAA